AUGUCACAGGAUCAAGAGAAGUACUGCCUAGUCACUGGUGGUGCCGGUUACAUUGGUUCUCACACAGUGGUGGAGCUAUGCGACGCUGGUUACAAGUGCAUUGUGGUGGACAAUUUGUGCAACUCGAACUAUGAGUCGAUUUCUCGUAUGGAGCUUUUAACAGGCAAAGAGAUCAAGUUCGCCAAGAUCGACUUGUGCGACGGUAAGGCUUUGGACAAGUUGUUCGACGAGUACAAGAUCGACUCGGUUCUUCACUUUGCUGGUUUGAAGGCUGUGGGUGAAAGUACGGAAAUCCCAUUGACAUACUACCAUAACAACAUCGUUGGUACUUUGAAUCUUUUGAACAGCAUGCAGACGCACGGUGUGAAGAAGUUGGUGUUCUCUUCGUCGGCUACAGUGUACGGUGAUGCCACAAGAUUCGAGAAUAUGAUUCCUAUCCCUGAGGAGUGCCCAACAGGACCAACAAACCCAUACGGUAAGACCAAGUUGGCUAUUGAAGAUAUGAUGAGAGACUUGCACUUCUCAGACAAGAGCUUCUCGUUUGCCAUUCUAAGAUACUUCAACCCUAUCGGUGCUCACCCAUCGGGUGUCAUUGGUGAGGAUCCUUUGGGUAUCCCAAACAACUUGUUGCCAUACAUGGCCCAGGUUGCCAUUGGUAGAAGAGAAAAGUUGUACGUGUUCGGUAACGACUAUGACACCGUUGACGGUACGCCAAUCAGAGACUACAUCCAUGUGGUGGACUUGGCCAAGGGCCAUCUGGCCGCUUUGAAGUACCUAGAAGAAAACCCUGGUACUUGUAGAGAAUGGAACUUGGGUACUGGUCACGGUACCACCGUCUUCCAAAUGUACCGUGCCUUCUGCGAUGCCAUCGGCUUCGACUUCUUGUACGAGGUCACCGGAAGACGUGACGGUGAUGUGUUGAAUUUGACGGCAAAGUGUGACCGUGCUACAAACGAGUUGAAAUGGCAAACAGAACUAGACGUUGCAAGGGCUUGCAUCGACUUAUGGAAGUGGACCCAGGACAAUCCAUUCGGUUACCAAAUUAAGGGUGUCGAUGCCCAGUUCUUUGGCAAACCAGACGAUUACUCUUCAAGAGUCAUCUCCUUGGGUAAAGGCACUCCAUUCGAAGUCAAGGUCGCCAACCUCGGUGCCACCAUCGUCGAUAUCGUCGUCAAUGGUUGCUCCGUAGUGGCAUCUUUGGACAGCGAGGAUGAAUACAAGGACCCAAGCAACCCAUUCUUCGGUGCCAUCGUUGGUCCAUACGCAAACAGAAUUGCCAAGGGCUCGUUUGAAAUUGAUGGCAAGAAGACCCAAUUGACCGUUUCUGCUGAUAGCGCAAAUGUCUGCCACUCGGGUAAGAACAGCUACCACACCAAGAAGUUCUUGGGUCCAAUUGUAAAGAACCCAGAACCACACGUCUGGACCGCUGACUUCUUAUACGUGGACGAAGAGGACUCUGAAUUCCCAGCACCAUUGUACACCAUCGUCAAGUACAGAGUCGAUAGCGAAAACAAGACUUUAACCACCGAGAUCGAAUCCAAGAACUUGGGUAAGGUCCCAACCCCAGCAAACAUCACCAACCACACAUACUUCAACUUGAACAAGUUCAAUUCGCCUACCAUCAAGGGCUCCAAGUUGCAAUUGAUCGACAACACAGGUUUGGAAGUCACUGAAGAUUUGUUGCCAACCGGUAACACUAAGCAAUACAAGGAAGUGGCUACUUUCAAGGACGAACCAACAGUCUUGACUGAAACUGGUCCAGCUUUGGACUUCGACUUCAUCAGCGGAUUACCAGCCAAUUUGGAUACAAGAUCUUCCCCAUUGACCCCUGUAUUCAAGCUAUCAAAUGACGAGGCAAAGUUGGCUUUGGAGGUCGCUACUACUGAACCAACCUUCCAAGUUUACACUGGUGACUACGUUGAUGUCAAGGACAAGUACGAAAAGAGAGCUGGUAUCUGUUGCGAGCCCGGUAGAUACAUCGAUGCCGUCAACAACCCACAAUGGAAGUCUUCGGUCAUUCUACCACCAGGUGAAACCUACGCUCACAAGUUUUCAUACACUUUCAAGGAUUUGUAA